AAACCGAUGUACGCCACCCGUAUACUACUCCCCGCCACAGCCCGGCUGCAACGAGCAGCCGGCCCAGUGAUCCGUCUCUCGACGAGCGCCUCUCCCAAUUCUCCCAAUGCAUCCCCCAAUUCCUCUAACAGCAGCGGCUCGAGUAGCCCUGUUGAGUCCCCCCGUGCCCCUCCCUCGACCCCAGCGCCCAACCCCACCCAAUCCCAAACCGAGCAAACGCAGAAAACCCUCGCAGGGCUGGACGAAGAACUCCGGGUGAAACUGGAGGAACGCUCGGGCGAAGGAGGGCUCGCGGGGUUGGAAUUGGAGGGAGGGGCGGUACCGGAGGGUAUGAGGAGGGGCAUGAGGGCUGGGAUUAGGCAUUAGCUGUCAGGUGGUGUGAGCGUUGAGCGGUUGUUAUGAGUGGGUGGGUUUAUGGUUCGGGAGGAUGGAGGAUUAAGUGAGUGGGGAGAGAGCAGCAAAAUUGGGAGUGUAGGAAUGAAGCUGGGGGAGAGCGGAACUCAGGACUUCGAAUCUCGGGCAAGAGGCGAGGUGGUGCGAAGUGAGGAGUGGAUGGGUGACAGGACUGAUAUAUAUCCCCAAACCAAGGCCGAAGCUAGGCCAAGCAAAUCGAAGCACCAAUAUUUUUCCCAGCAUACACUCACAUCACCCUACCCCGCGAGAGGACGAAACAUGAGUUCCCCCAAACUGACCUCCUCCCACCAAGUGUCAAACAUCGUACAACACACAACUCUCCAAUCCACCCUGACCCAUUUCUCCCCAAGCUCGACCCUCCCUGCCAAGGGUACAGGGCCAAGGUACCCAGCGAUCGAGAUCUGGAGAAGGAACGGGCGUCCAGAGAGGAGGAGAUGAUGCCCGUCCUUGGCGAAUUUGGGGCGGGGGAGGAACCAACGGUCCAGUUCUUCCGGAAGGGGGUACUCGACCCACUCCCCGCUCACUGUGCCCGUAGGGAAAGUGCCGACGAAAGAGGAGGGGGUCGUAUCGGCUUGUAGGAUGAGCCGGGUAUCAGCCAGCAAAUGACGAAGGAAAUAGCCCUCGAUGAACGUCUUCCAGUGCGAGUGGACGGCGCGGGAAACGCC